AUGAAUGUUGAACAUAGCGCCAAUUUUAAUGUAUUCACAGAAUUUAUGGAGCCAGAUAUUCAACAAAGUGAUGAGCAAAUUCUGAAUCAAGAGAUUGAAUAUGAUACUGUCAACUUAACUAAUGCUAAUGCAAAACCAAACUCUCAUUCAUCACUUCCUGUAACCACAAAAUCAAAAAAAAAUCAAGAUAAAUUUCGAU